ACUCAUUUAUUUAUACAUAACACCAAAAUUCCAUUUUAGUCCUCGAGGCGGCCACAUCAUCUUAAGACACGACACAAUAGUAAAACAGUCUUCUCUUUUUCCUCCGACCACCGUUCACCUCAUUUGACUUCAGCCACAUGGGCAACUGCAACACCGGCGGCGGCGGAAUCGACGGCGCUGCCACCUACUCCGACGAGCCACCACACCGCAAUGCCCCCACCGUCCUCCCUCCCAACUACCCCUCACCUCCUGCCCCACUCCCGAAUCCCCUCUCUUCCUCCCCCUCCUCCCUUGGCCGCGUCCUCGGCCGCCCCAUGGAGGACGUCCGCGCCGUCUACAUCUUCGGCCGCGAGCUCGGCCGAGGCCAAUUCGGCGUGACCUACCUGGUCACCCACAAGGUCACCAAGGAGCAGUUCGCGUGCAAAUCCAUCGCCACCCGCAAGCUCAUCAACCGCGACGACAUCGACGACGUCCGCCGCGAGGUUCAGAUCAUGCACCACCUCACCGGCCACCGCAACAUUGUGGAGCUAAAGGGCGCCUACGAGGACCGCCACUCUGUCAACCUCGUCAUGGAGCUCUGUGCCGGCGGCGAGCUCUUCGACAGGAUCAUCACCAAGGGGCACUACUCCGAGCGCGCCGCCGCUAACUCGUGCCGGCAGAUCGUUACGGUGGUGCAUAACUGCCACUCCAUGGGGGUCAUGCAUAGGGACUUGAAGCCUGAGAAUUUCUUGCUUCUCAACAAGAACGAUAACUCGCCUCUUAAGGCCACUGAUUUUGGUCUCUCUGUGUUUUUUAAGCCUGGAGAUGUGUUUAGAGAUCUUGUUGGAAGUGCUUACUAUGUUGCUCCUGAGGUGCUGCGUAGAAGUUAUGGGCCUGAAGCGGAUAUUUGGAGUGCUGGGGUUAUUUUGUACAUUCUGCUAUCUGGUGUUCCACCCUUCUGGGCAGAAAAUGAACAGGGUAUCUUUGAUGCUGUUCUUCGUGGACAUAUUGAUUUCGUAUCAGAUCCUUGGCCUUCAAUAUCAAGUAGCGCAAAAGAUCUGGUCAAGAAGAUGCUACGAGCUGACCCUAAAGAACGGCUUACCGCAGUUGAAGUACUUAAUCACCCUUGGAUGAGAGUAGAUGGAGAUGCAUCUGAUAAGCCUCUUGAUAUUGCUGUGUUAUCCAGAAUGAAACAAUUCAGGGCAAUGAACAAGCUAAAGAAAGUAGCUCUGAAGGUUAUUGCUGAAAAUCUUUCUGAAGAAGAAAUAAUUGGCUUGAAGGAAAUGUUCAAAUCCAUGGAUACAGAUAACAGUGGAACAAUUACUUUUGAAGAGUUGAAAGCUGGUCUUCCUAAAUUGGGUAGUAAACUUUCUGAGUCAGAAGUAAAGCAGUUGAUGGAAGCAGUUACAUAAUAUUUCAUCCAAUUUCUGCAUUUUAACCUGAAGCACUAUCUGGGGAUUAGAGUUUAGAGUUGAGACACACACUAGUAUCUGGUCGCUGAGCGUGGUGACAAAGAGUAGAAGGUUUGCCGCAUGAUUUUGUUAGCUGAUCUGUAUGUUCAUUUGUGGGGACGAAUGCAACCAAAGUCAUUGGAAUAUGAUCUGACAUAUUUAUCCACUUCUGCUCUGCUACAACUUUAAAUCUUCUGUAUUUCUGAGUCCAUAGCUGAUGUUUGAUUGUCACACUGUAUCUCUCAGUUCUUGUUGGAAAUUUAUAUUUUCUUGUGUUGCUUCCCGCAGCUAAAUCUCUCUCCCUCUCUCUUCUCUGUGUUUAUUUAUUAUUCUCUGGAUCCAAAGGCUAUUUUUUCACUUGAAAUGAAAUUGAUGCUAAACUACUUGAACUUUGCUUCCUGUAUCGGAGCUCCUGAGUCCCUGUAUAUGCCACAUAUACAGUUUAACUCAUUCUUCGCAAUCUAUCCCCUGUCUUGAUAACCAUCUGCAUCCAAAUCUUGCUUCGUGCUUAUUAAGACGUGAUCGUCAUGCAUCAAUCUGUUGUAGUUAUCGAUUCCCUUUAUUUUUAAACUAAGCCAUGUGUCUGUAUGCAUGUAACAAUGUUUAGAAAGGAGGUAGACAUACCUUUAGAGCUGCAUGAUAUUGGGAUUACUAGUUUACUCCUCUUGAUUUUGGUGAU